GGGGCCGGAACUCACCGCGUCACAGCCCCAAGUGGAAGCUAAAAAAAAGAGAGAGACACCAAGAGACAGAGGCAGAGAUGGGGGAGGGGGGAGCAACGAGGAAAAGGGAGGGGGGAAAGGGGAGGGGGGAAUUGCUAAGUGAGAGUUAAGAAACAAGAAGCAUGCAACACGGUCUGUGCCCAGGGCAACAAAAGCCGGCUGAACGCUGCUGGGCUGAGGGCAGAGCGCACAGGGUCUCUGUCCCUGCCGGAGAUGCGCCCGUGUCGGUAGAGCGCACAGGGGCCCCUGAGCCGCGGGGGCGGUGUCGGCACUGAGAGCCAAGCUCUGCGCUCUAGCCAAGGGGCUCUGUCCUGAGACGCCCCCCUCGCUCUGAGGGAGGGGGCCCGAGCUGAGGCGAGGCGAGUUGGACUGGAACAUCUUUUCUUCGGGGUAGAGGCUUUGGGCGGCGCACCAAGAAAGCUGGGGUCGGUGCGCUCCCCGGGACUAUCUGGACACCGCCCACCUAGGGGGCACAGAGCCCGCCCCAACCGCCGGCUGAGACUCGGAAGCUACAGCUUGGAGGAAAGCGGAACGGUCCAGCGGGGGAGGUCAGCGGGGGAGGCCAGCGGGGGUGCCAGGCCGGACGCCUCUGCCUCUGCUUCUGCCUCUCCCCAUGCUCUGUGAGUCCCGGGCUCCUGGGAGCUGAAACAUCUGAAAGGGCCUUCAGAGGGAGGAGGGGAAGGAUGGCGGCGCCCGCGGGGCUGGCCAAAGCGGCUGCGGGAAAACUGUCCGAGGCUGUGGGCGAGCGCACCCGGCGCCUAGGUUCGGCGCUUCAGGAGACACACCGGCAACGCCGGCUGCUACUCGUCAUCGUCUGCGUGGCGCUCUUUCUAGACAACAUGCUUUACAUGGUCAUCGUACCCAUCGUGCCCGUCUACAUCGCCGGCAUGCACAAGGGCAGCGAAGAGGACCGUUCGGACCACCACCACCGGCAGCUCCAGCCCACGGCCAACACCAGCCAGACUGCAAAUGCCACGGAUGCCCCGACGCCUCCGCCGAAGUCCAGCCUGAAGCCCACUUACCCAACGGAGAGCGAGGACAUCAAGAUUGGCGUGUUGUUCGCCUCUAAGGCCAUCCUGCAGCUGCUGGUGAAUCCCCUGAGCGGGCCUUUCAUAGACCGCGUGGGCUACGACGCGCCUCUGCUCAUCGGCCUGGGCGUCAUGUUCGCGUCCACGGUUAUGUUUGCCUUCGCCGAGGACUAUGCUACCCUGUUCGCCGCUCGCAGCCUGCAAGGACUGGGCUCGGCCUUUGCAGACACGUCGGGCAUUGCCAUGAUUGCGGACAAAUACCCCGAGGAACCAGAACGCAGCCGGGCCCUGGGCGUGGCCCUGGCCUUCAUCAGUUUCGGCAGCCUUGUGGCGCCCCCCUUCGGUGGUAUCCUUUACCAGUUCGCAGGGAAGAGGUACCCCUUCCUGGUGCUGGCCGUGGUCUCCCUGCUGGACGGGUUCCUUCUCAUGCUGGUGGCCAAGCCUUUCUCCGUCAAGGCGCGGGAAAACCUGCCGGUGGGCACGCCCAUCCACCGGCUCAUGCUGGACCCCUACAUCGCUGUGGUGGCUGGCGCACUGACCACCUGCAACAUUCCUCUGGCUUUUCUGGAGCCUACCAUUGCCAACUGGAUGAAGGAGAGCAUGGGAGCAUCCGAAUGGGAGAUGGGACUCACUUGGCUCCCAGCCUUCUUCCCUCACGUCUUGGGCGUCUAUCUCACCGUCAAGCUGGCUGCGCGAUACCCGCACCUGCAAUGGUUCUAUGGUGCCCUGGGACUGGUGGUCAUUGGAGCCAGUUCCUGCACGGUGCCAGCCUGCCACAACUUUGGCCAGCUAGUGGUGCCCCUUUGCGGUAUCUGCUUUGGCAUCGCGCUCGUAGACACCGCGCUACUGCCUACUCUCGCUUUCCUGGUAGAUGUGCGACACGUUUCUGUCUAUGGUAGCGUCUACGCCAUCGCAGACAUCUCCUAUUCCGUGGCUUACGCUCUCGGGCCCAUUGUAGCCAGCCAGAUCGUAUACACUCUCGGCUUCCCACAGCUCAACCUGGGCAUGGGCCUCGCUAACCUACUCUACGCACCAGUCCUUCUACUCCUUCGUAACGUCUGCUACAUGACGCCGUCCCGUUCCGAGCAGGACGUACUUCUGGACGAGUCACCCAAGGGCCUCUACGACACUAUCCGCCUGGAGGAGCGGUUAGGCAAAGACAAGCCUCGCCACGGCCUGCCCCCCGAAGGGGAGGUUUCCCUGGGAUGGGAGGGGGAAGGCGCCGCCCAGAACCGUCCCAGGGCGUUGUCUGGGGAAGAGUCCUCGGACUACGACUACGAAUAUAGUUAAAAGUAUUUGAGAGGAGCACAGGAAGGAAAGUCCUUUAAAAAUCCCUGUUCUUCCGCCUCCUCCUUUUCCUAGAAACUUGGUAUAUCAAGGGUUAACCUAAAGAAAAUUGACCAAAAAUGGGGUCUAGCUAGGUGGGUGGUGCUGGAGGACCUAUAGCUUUGUCUGUGCAAUGUGUCUCCCUCUUUCUGCUCUUAACUCUCGUCCCCAUUGUAUUCAGCUUCCCUCUUUGUAGUCCUUGAUGGUUCCCUGCCCCUAGCUCCCUCCGGCUGUCUCACGGAUGUUUCCCUGUCCCGUUUCCCUCAAUCCAACGCCUUUCCAAGCGCGGGUAAUGAUCCGCUCUUUGUAAUUGGAAGACGCGAUUCUUGCUCCGUCUUUGAGCCGGGAGAUAGUCUGAGGACACCUGCUUGAAUAUGAAGCUCCCCGAAACCACAACUCAGCCUUCCUCCUCAAUUCUAAAACUUCCCAGCGGGGGUAGUCGGGGUGUGGGUUCUCUGCCCUCUGCCUGUCCCAUGUAACUGGAGUCUGUGUGCAAAAGUUUCUCGAAUUUGAAAACAAAACAAGUGUGUGGCCUCCUGUGUAUCUCUGUACGGGGAAACAAACCCGUGUAAUGUCAUUCAAGUUGUAUAUUCAGGGACAGGAACUCAAUAAACAGUGUCUAUACUGA